CGGACUGUUCUCACACAGAGAAGAGAGAUCACACUGAGGCAUGGCAGCCAACACGUACGAUGUGGUUGUUAUUGGGGCCGGCAUUUCAGGACUGAGUGCAGCCAAGCUGCUGGUGGAAAGUGGCUUAAACCCUGUGGUCUUGGAGGCCAGAGAUCGUGUUGGUGGAAGAACCUUUACCGUUCAGAAUAAACAGGCUAAAUGGGUGGACUUGGGCGGAGCAUACAUCGGGCCCACUCAGAACCGAAUUCUGCGCAUAGCCAAGCAGUACGGGGUUCAGACCUACAAAGUCAACGAGCAGGAGUCCCUGAUUCACUAUGUGAAGGGCAAAUCAUACCCCUUCAAAGGGCCUUUCCCCCCAGUAUGGAACCCAUUUGCUUUUAUGGACUACAACAACCUCUGGAGGACGAUGGACAAGAUGGGUAUGGAGAUUCCAAACGAAGCUCCUUGGAAGGCCCCACAUGCUGAAGAGUGGGAUAAGAUGACCAUGAAAGAGUUUUUUGACAAGGUUUGCUGGACAAGUGCCGCUCGCCGCUUUGCUACGCUGUUUGUCAAUGUAAACGUUACCUCAGAACCUCAUGAGGUCAGCUUACUCUGGUUCCUCUGGUAUGUGAAACAGUGUGGAGGCACCAUGAGGAUUUUCUCCACCACCAAUGGAGGCCAGGAGCGGAAGUUUGUGGGAGGCUCGAGUCAGAUCAGUGAGUGCAUGGCAGGAGAGUUGGGCGAUCGAGUCAAACUGCAGAGUGCUGUGUGCAGCAUUGACCAAACUGGAGACAUGGUGGUAGUCAAGACCAUUACUGAGGAGACAUACAAGGCAAAAUAUGUGAUCCUUGCCAUACCACCAGGACUAAAUCUGAAGAUCCAUUUUAACCCUGAAUUCCCUCCCCUGAGGAAUCAACUCAUUCACAGAGUACCCAUGGGCUCAGUCAUCAAGUGCAUGGUUUACUACAGAGAAAAUUUUUGGAUAAAAAAAGGCUUUUGUGGAAGCAUGGUGAUCGAAGAUGAAGAGGCACCAAUCGGCCUGACUUUGGAUGACACUAAGCCUGAUGGAACAGUGCCAGCUAUUAUGGGUUUCAUCCUUGCACGCAAAAGCAGAAGGUUGGCAGGGCUCACAAGGGAGGAAAGAAAAAAGAGGAUCUGUGAAAUUUAUGCUCGUGUCCUAGGCGCCGAGGAAGCUUUGCAUCCUGUACAUUAUGAAGAGAAGAACUGGUGUGAAGAAGAAUAUUCUGGUGGCUGCUACACCGCCUACUUUCCCCCUGGCAUUCUGACACAGUUUGGCAAAGUGCUGAGGGAGCCCGUGGGCAGGUUGUACUUUGCAGGCACUGAGACGGCCACAGAGUGGAGUGGCUACAUGGAGGGAGCUGUACAGGCUGGAGAGAGAGCAGCCAGAGAGAUUAUGUGUGAAAUGGGAAGACUUCAUUCAAGUCAAAUUUGGCAGACAGACCCAGAGUCGCCGGAUGUCCCUGCACUGCCGUUUGUCACCACUUUCUGGGAGAGAAACUUGCCAUCUGUCGGAGGAUUUCUCAAGUUCUUGGGCAUGUCUUCAUUCUUGACAAUCGCCUCUGUAGCGGGUGUAGUAGCCUACAAAAAGGGACUCCUACCCAGGAGCUAGAGUGUACAUUGUGUGUCACUGCGCUUGGCUGAGACCGAUGUCUCCAUUUAGUAUACUUAUCAAGCCUCUGGUACUGACAAGGCACAAUCUCACGUCAUUUAGUAAUGAGAUUUUAAUAUUCAGUUCAUAUCACCCACGCUAUUUCAGCAAUCACUAGGACAUGAUGGGUUGGU